AGGCAAAAAGCACAACAGUCAAACUUCUACAAUGUACUUGCUGUUGGUCUUCUUUAUACUCCUUCGAGAUGGGGAAGCUGCAGCAGCCUGCAGACUUGCUGCUAGCGAGGCAGCCCUAGAACAACACAAUUUACUCAGAGAAAAAGUUGCUUCUCGUCAGUUGGACAAGGCAACUUAUGGAGAUUUACCAGGAUCAAAAAAUCUUUUCAAGCUGAAAUACGACUGCACUAACGAAGGACUCGCUCUUGCUACCAUCGGAAACAAAUGUAAGCAUUCAAACAUAUACAUGGACAAGAUUGGAAGGGGCGAGAACUUUAUCACAUACCCGUUGCAAACUAAGCCAAAACCGGCGCAGUUGGCUACACUUUUCGAAAAUGCUGUGGAGGACUGGAGUCUUACGGUAAAAAAUCCGUUGAGCGCGGAUGUGCUGUAUACUGACACAUCUAUGGAGCCAUUUGCUAAUAUGAUUUACAACAAAACGCUCAAGAUUGGAUGUGCUUACUUGUUUUGCAAAAACCAGGGCAAGGUAGCUCUUGCCUGCGUAUAUGAGAAGAGACCCGUAGAAGGAGGGCCACUUUACUGGGCGGAUUCCAAGGACGAUAAGGGCUGUACGGAUGACGCUUCUUGCAAAGAACUCAUCGAAGGUGCUGUAUGCUCUAGCGAUGAUGACGGCAAAAUUGGUCCACUUUGUUUGCAAGAGCCUCCUCCCGACACAACGCCGGAAAUCACAGCGGAGGAGCAGACCACUACAGCUAAAGAAGAGACCACUACAGCUGAAGAAGAGAACACUACAACUGAAGAAGAGACCACUAUGGAAGGAGAGCAAAUAAUGACUUAAAAGGCACCUGUUAACAGCAGUAACUUCGGAUAAAACCUUCUUUGC